ACGUAUUGCGCAUGUUCUGGUGUUCCAAGUUUACCUGAAGUUUCCAGCCGGAGAGCGACAGGUUGGAAAGUACGUGGUAAACUAAGUAGAGUGAUUAUUGUGUUAAAAUAGAAAUAUCUAAUUCAUCAUGGCAGACGAGUCAAUUCAGAAUGGAACAAAUGGAGGAGAUGUGCCAGAGAUAGAGCUUAUUAUAAAGGCUUCUACAAUAGAUGGGCGCAGGAAAGGAGCAUGUCUUUUCUGCCAGGAAUACUUCAUGGACCUGUAUCUGCUCGCUGAACUGAAAACAAUCAGCCUUAAAGUGACAACAGUUGACAUGCAGAAACCACCUCCUGACUUCAGAACAAACUUUGAAGCGACACCUCCUCCUAUUCUCAUUGACAAUGGACUCGCAGUACUGGAAAAUGAGAAAAUUGAACGGCACAUCAUGAAGAAUGUUCCUGGUGGCCACAAUCUCUUCGUGCAAGAUAAAGAAGUUGCCACUCUUGUCGAGAAUCUGUAUGGUAAACUGAAGCUGAUGUUGCUUAAGAAGGAUGAUACUAAAACUAACAGUCUGAUGUCACAUCUGCGCAAGAUCAAUGAGCAUCUGGGCCGAAAGGGCACCCGCUUCCUUACAGGAGACACCAUGUGCUGCUUUGACUGUGAGCUCAUGCCACGCCUCCAACACAUCCGGGUAGCAGGGAAGUAUUUCCUAGACUUUGAAAUCCCCGUGGAACUGGAACACCUAUGGCACUACAUGUACCACAUGUACCAGCUGGACGCUUUCACCCAGAGCUGCCCAGCUGACCAGGACAUCAUCAACCAUUACAAGCUGCAGCAGGUGGGGGGAAUGAAAAUGAAGAAACAUGAAGAGCUGGAGACACCAACGUUCACCACAUCAAUUCCAGUAUCCGUUGCAACCGAAGACUAACUAACUUCUAUCUUUCGAGUUUGCCUCUUCUUUGGCAUUGCUGCCACUGUCAUGUUAGGAAGAUCUUUUUGUGCUGUGCAAUGGAUAGAUCCGCAUCAUUUCUUGCAAUUAGAUUUGUGGAUCUUGAAACACAUUUAAAAAUGUAAUAAAAUUAUAUAGAAAAGAGGAUUAAAUCAUAGACUGACAGUGACAACAUCUACACCAGUAAAGACAAGAUGAUUUCAGAACCAGGCAUCUUUCAUAUAAGACGUCUUAACUUUAUGCUUCCUCAUUCAUUUGUGUGAAUCUGAUUGCCGCAGAGAAGAGAACCGUGCCAUGCCUUCGUCCUAAGAUGAUUGGCUCUGAAAUCUUCAGAUAAAAAUCAAUAAACUUUUAAAAGAGGGAAGAAAGAAUAGUUUCAGAUUCCUCUAAAACACAGAUUUUGAAAGAGAGAAUAUGUGUUCAAAAUGACGUUGUUGGAAAGCUGUGUUGAAUAUGUUCAUCCCUUAUUUUCAUGACUUACAUUUAUAAAGAUCUUGGUUUGGUCUUUCUAGUCUCAAAUGCACAGUCUUCUUGCGCUGGGAUUUAGAAAUGACGGUCUGUUCGAUUUUAAUUAACUGUUGCAUUUAGCUUGAUGAGAGUUUUGUAUUGAGAUCGAUGGAGGUUUACGUCGAACUGUUAACAACUAGCUCUUGGUACUCGAUCCCUGCACAUUUCCAAAAUUGUAACUGUUUUCGUAGCUGUUCGUCUUGCUGCUCCAAGGGACGAGCUGUUUUUUCAGAGAAAAAUGUUGUAACUCUUUGUAUAUGCCACUUUACAACUCCAUUUUGGUCAUUAUCUGUGAAAUACAUUAAACCAUAAACUGUACAUUCGGUGUAAUCAUAUAUACUCGCAUAACCGAGGCACAUUCUUUUAAAAAUUCUGCCAGACAGUGGAAUAUAUAUGUUUUGUAAGGUUAUGUUAUAUCAAUCUUUUAAUGAUGUGUACAUGAUCUGAGUAACCUCUCGCCUAUCUGUGCACAAGUUUAUAACUGUAUUUUGAAUAAUAUUAAUGAUACCAGGUGAUCAUCAGUGUGAGAUUAUUCUUAUCGUGAAAAACAAUUAUUUUCAAACAAAAAUUUGCUUAUUGCCAUCAUUGUAUGAACCAAGUCCAUUGCCAAAUUAACGUAGCAAAGAUAUUGUAAUAGCAGAACAUUGUAGUUACAGUCUUGAUUUAUAGAGGAAACCUGGCUCAAGUGCUGUUUUUUUUUUAAAUAUUCCUUUGGUUUCAUCUGGAAGUGAUUCAAGCCUUGUUUUGAGGGUACUUCUUGCGAGUUUAAAUAUGAUGCGUGAUUAAUCGUCUUGGUUUUAAGAAAUAAUCACCCAUUUUAACUUCAAGUUGCUUCUUUGAUUAUGAUUUAGUAGUUAGUAAAUAUUAGAAUGUGCAGUAUUGUGACCGGUCUCACUGAUGAUUUCAUGUAACAUUGCUACGCUAUAUUUUUACUGAUUUUGUGUAAGCCUGCAUUGAAUUUUGUUGGUUUAUUUAUAAAAGUAUUGGUUUUGUAUUAUUUGUACUUCUGAUAGUUCUGGGAAUGGUAUAUGAACAGGUUGAUCCGAGUGAUGCUUACAGCAUCGCGCUUGUACAGUUGGAAGCUCUCCGUGAUGUAGCUGUGAAGAUCGAAGCUGUCUGCCAUCAGCAGAACACGCUGCUACUCUGGACUAGUCUUGGUUCCUUUAUCUUGAACUAUCUGAUUGUUUCCUUCAUUACCUUUUGUUUUACUCAGACGUUCAGAAUCCUCGACUAUAAAAUGAUCCAGAAAUUAUCAGGAUUAUGUGCAUAUAUAAUUCCACCUCUUACAUAAGAAACAGAAUUAGCUAAAAACCUGCGCAAUUUACAGUAGGUACCCCAUUUCUUGAUCAUUUUAUAGUCGAGGAUUCCGAACGUCUGAGUAAAACAAAAGAUAAUGGAGGAAGGAACCGAGACUAGUCCAGAGUUGCAGCGUGUUCUGCCGAUGGGAGACAGCUUCAAUCUUCGCAGCUACAUCACGGAGAGCUUCCAACUGCGCGAGCACGAUGCUGUUGGCGUCAUUCGGAUCAACUAUUCCCAGAACUUUAAUUAUUAUUCAGUUCAUAAAUUAGAUGUAAUUGUUACGAUUCUGACAGUUGUACUUUUAAUACAGGAAAUUACCAUAUGAAUGAAAAGGGAGAACAAUCUAGAAGCAGUAAAGUUCUAGAGGCCAGCAUAAAUACUUGGCGUAACUGUGGACACACUUUCUUCCAGAGUUUGAGCUUCAGUGUAAUACCGAUGCUUUAUUUUGGUGUCCGUGUUUACAGAGAGGGAAAUGUGGAACUUCUUGUUUCUUUAUCAUUUUUGGAAGUGCUAAAUAUCUUGUUUUGUAAAUAUAAGUUGAAAUCGUUGAUGGAGGCAUUUGAAAUGAUGAAGUGAAAUUGUACAAAUGAUUAUUGUAUGUUUGAGCACUUGUCGCUCAGAAAUUUGGGCAGAGUUGUGCACGUGAUUGAGUCUGCUCGGUUGAAUGAUGUGCAAAGAGGUGGAGCAUUUCAAUUUGUUGUGUGGUUUUAUAUAGAGUAAAGUGUCUGGUAACAGUUGUACUGCACGGAUGGCGAUUCUUCUGCUCCUGUCUUGGCACUGAGAGGUACCCCCACAACACUACCGCUUCCCUUGCUCACUUUUUCUUUGUGACAAUGAUUUGUGGUGAGGCUUCAACACGUUUAUUCAGCAGUUGACAUGUUCAUAAGUGUAGGUAAGUGUUUAAACAGCUAAUGUACUAGUUUGUAUUCCCUUCCAUGUUACCUGUAAUGUUCAAGGUCAUACAAACUUAACAGCAAAGGUACAGUUUACUUUUUUUGUCCUGGCCAUUUUAGGUCGUGGCACAAGUGGGUCACUCCGCUUUAUAUAUCCAAAGCCUUCCAAGAAUACAUAUACCUAAUAAUGACAGAUUUUUAGUGAAAUUCUGCCAUUUUGUUUUCCUUCUAUUAACUUUUUUUUUGGGGCUGAAAAAUGCAUUUUUGUAAAAUUAUUUUUUGAAGUGACAUGCAUCACGCAAAGAAAUUAACUGUGAAAAGUUUCAUGAGACAGCAGAAAUGUCGUUCGCUUGCAAUGCUGUCUCUUCUGUGUACUUUAUAUUAGUAAUAGUAAUAAUAAUAACUAUAAUCUUGAACUGAAA